UUAUGUUGGUCAGUCUUUUCUAGCUUACUGUGUACCGAGUAUUCUCCGGGCGAUUACAAGCACUAAACAGAGUUAGUUCGGCUCGAAUACACGUUAACCCCCAACUUUAGACUUUACAGUACUCACUAAAAGAGCACAAUAGUUUACACAGGCCUUCCGUAACAUUAGUGUACCUGCACUAAUUUGACUACGUAGCUCCCCUCUCCACGAGAGUUCUUGGAACACUUUUGGGACACGUUGGUUUGGAAGCCUCAAAAUCAUUGAGCACAAGGCAGGAAUCCCCCCCGGACCAAGUGCCAGGUCAUUACAGGUGACCACCCAUGCCUUUUUACACCUUGGAGCAGCCAGUUGACCUACCCUGUGUGUUUCUUGGAGAUGGGAGGAAACUGGAGUACAAGAGGGGAACCCGCACAGACACAGGGAGCACACACCAAACUACACACAGACCGUAACCAGUACAGGGGUCAUAACCCUGGACCUGUGCGACACAGGUACUACCUGCAUGCACAUACCUGCUACCCGCCACCUCGACACCACUGAUUUAAACUAUUUGAUUUUUUUAGUUAUAAAAAUAAAAGUACAAAAUAUACUUCUAGUAAAUAUACCUAUAUAAAUAUAAUAAGCACAUUUCUAGGGAUACUUUGUAGUGAGUAGUAAAUCUUUUUGGAUAUACUGUACUACACUUGUUUUAAAUAUACUUUCCAGUUCAAGGUAAAAAAAACAUUUAAAGGUAAAAAAACAUUUGGCAACCUAAAGGUGGCCAAAGGGGACAGUGAGAUAAAGAAGGAAAUAAGUUUAAAAGUAGUUAGUUUGUUAGGAGAGUAAGUGCUCUUUAAAGAGCUCUGUCUUCAGGAGUUUCUUAAAGAUAGCUAGGAAUGCUCAUGAUCUGGUAAUAGAGGUUGUUUUACCAAAUGUAAAUAUAUAUAUUUUUUACAUUUCACAUGUGUUUUAAGUGAAUUAUUAAAGUAGUUGCAAAAUCUAUUUAAAAAUAAGUAUUAAAGAUAUAUACUGAUUUAACAAAAGAAAUACUAAAAGAAAUGUAUUUGUAUUAAUGUAUAUAUAGAGUUAAAAUUGUAAGUAUUGUAAUCAAAGUUUACUUGCAAGUAUGGAAAGCAUGACUCUAAUGUAUUGUUAACAUAUUAUAAAGGAAGUAUAUACAUUUCCUAAUAUAUUUAUGUACAACACAGAUAAAUCACAGUCUCUUUUAAAUACAAUUAACUGUAUUUUUUACAAGGGAAUUUAAUAUAACAGUUCAAUAUGAACUUUAAUAUGUCCAUUCAGUGUUAUUUACCUUUUAAAACACAUUUUGUCAUGUAUAUAAUAUAUAAGACGAAAAGUGUACCUUUUUUCUUAUUUGUAUGUGUAUACAGUUACACAUAUGUAUACAAACAAUGCUUUAAGGUUUGUCUGAUGCCUCUUAUUGUUUUGAUAUUGUUUCUCAGCAAUUAAAAAGGUUUCUUUAGUUUCACUGGCACAACUCUGAUCCUCAUUACAACAUCGGAAAUAAAGUCUAAAAUCUAAAUAUACAGUGUAAUAGAUGUUAUGAUAUGAACAUUAACAAAACAUUUCUACAACAUGAACAUUAAUAAAGAUGAUUCACAUUAUAUGGGACGCAUGCUUGUGCUUUGAAUUAAUGCAAUUUUAAAGACUGAAUGUUUUUGUUCGACAGCAUAAUCAACUAUUUAGUAACUACAUUGAAGCUAAAAUGGAUAGCUACAAAGGUACUGUAUAUAUCGAUAUGAAGAUGUGUUUUGAGGAUGAUAAUUGAAAUGUGGCCAUUCCUGCACUACACAGUCUUUUUAACACAACCUCCUAUAAAGUCUGUGUACACAAAUUACAUUAUAUUACAAGUUCUCCAUUAUGCAUAAAUUCACGGGUUCUGUGACCUUACUGUAACCUGCUGUAUAGUCUAUGUCUGGAUUAAUUCUUAUUCUCUCUCCUGGAAAUCAGACCACUGGGUUUAAUGGGUGAAAAACAACAACAACAAAAAAAACACCAUAGUAGUAUCAUAUUUUGCUGUAUUAUAUUUUAUACAACAAAUACUUAGUAAACUAUACAGUAAACUUGGCAACUAUCCCCUCUUUUCCUUGCACCCUGGGACACACACACACAUUCAAAUAGACAGCUGCAUUCUGGUUCUAUAUAUAGAUGUGUUGGGUGUCUGAUAUCCACCAUUAAGAGGCCGGGUACAGCUAGUAUGUGUGUGUUUUGGUCAGUAGAGCCUUUUAACAGUAAAUAGAAGUUCAGAGUGGCUGCACUGCACACUGCAGAGAGAAGUAUACUUACAGAACUACUACUCAAUUUUAUAUUAAAACCUUUUUAAAGAUCCUUUAUUGUUUUUUAUUGAUUUAUAUUUUCGUAUUUACACACAUACUGUGCCAAACAUACAGUAUAUAAAAACGCAGAAGAAGCACUUUUCGUUUAUAAAAGAGCCGUUCAGUCUUUUAGCUGUAUGAACAGUAUAUAUAAAUAUAAAGGAGGAGGAGGAAGGAGCCCCUAUCUAUUUUGCAAGGUCAAACUAAGUUUAGGGACUGCAGCAGAAUGUCGGUGUCUAUUGUAAAGCAGGCAUUACUCCGCUGAGGAUACAGACUGUGGGAGGUGAGAUGUAUUUUCUAUGAAAUGUAGGUCAUAUUUUCACACUGCUGGGCCUGCAGCAAACACAUGUCCUCAAUCUCUCACUCAGGUGAGCUUUCUUUUCCAACCCAGAGCACCGCAAAGUCACCUUCCACUGCCAGGUAGCCCAGGAGAAACCUCAACAGCUAUUUUAGACCAGAAAGCACACUGCUGUCUACUAGAGGGCAGGGACACUGAUUUAUCUCUCAGAGAGGAAUGAACCAGUGUCACUGAACACACACACUCACACAACCACACACACACACACCUUACUGUGCCUCAUUCGACAGAGAGUUUUUUCACCAGUGGAGUCCUUCUAUCCCCUCCUCGAACUGCUGUGAACUGCCAUCUUUAACAGAAAAAGAAGAUCCAGGGUUGCUGAGGAUCCAGAGCCUAUUCAGAAUCAUUGGAGGUCCAGACCAGCACUGAGGAGCUUCAGUGGUGUAAUAAUGCUCUCCAUGAAGGAGCUUUUUUAAAGCUUCACAGCUGACAUGUCGGACAGCAGGACCUCGCAGACUUCGCUGCCACCGCGCGGAUCAUAUUUUAGGGUGCAGAUCAGAAUCAGACUGUGACAUUUUCGGACAGAGGAGGAGCAGUCGCUCCAGCAGAAGCAGAGCUUUCAAAUCAGGCUUUCUCCGGAUUUAACAGCGUAUUUAUGGACAGAAUGUGGCUCCGGUUCUGAUCUCUUCAGCUCCGGUUCGGAGGUGACUUGUAGACUGUGUAAAUAUGGAUCCAACGGCUGCGUCGAGAAGCGGGAACUUGUCUCUGAGCGAGCACCCGGAGUGCUCGGAGUGGCAGGAAACCCCCGAGGGCGCGGUGUUCCACUUGGCGCACAUGCUGCUGGUGUUGGGCUUCAUGGGCGGCAGCGGGGUGUACGGGCUUCUCUACAUGUUCAGUUUCCUGGCGCUGGGCUUCCUGUGCUGCUGUCUGCACGCCUGGUCGGAGCCGUGCGCUCCGGACGCGUCCGCGUGGCCCUGCGCGCUCGCCGUGUUGUGCGUGGCGCAGGCGCUGCACGUGGCGCACCGCGCGCGCGCCGUUGCUUUUGGCGGAGAGCUCCAGGGCCUGUACGCGCGCCUGUUCAGAAGGCUGGGGGUCUCGCUCGCGCAGUUCGGCGAGAUCGUCGCGUGCAGCGAGGAUCAGAUCCACACCAUGGAGAAAGACCACUUCUUCGCCAUCGAGGGAAAAACUCCCAUCGAUAAGCUGUCUGUGCUGCUCUCAGGCAGAGUGAGAGUCUCAGUGAAUGGAGAAUUUCUGCACCACAUUCAUCCCUUCCAGUUCCUGGACUCUCCAGAGUGGGAUUCCCUCAGGCCGUCAGAGGAGGGACUGUUUCAGGUGACACUGAGAGCAGAUAGCAGAUGUCGAUAUGUGGCGUGGCGGCGUAAGAAGCUGUAUCUGCUCUUUGCUCAGCAUCGAUAUAUUGCACGGAUCUUUGCACUGCUGGUGCGCAACGACAUUGCGGACAAGCUUUUUUCACUGAACACAGCAGCGUUGGAUGAAAAAGGCUUCAGAUAUGACCUCCGCUUACCCAGCUUCUGCCACGGCCCACAGGUAGAAAGGACAGGUUUGGUUCCCCCUCCACGACCGAGCAGGAACAGAAAGACAACCAAACCUGUGGAGAGCAAGUCUUAAAAGGACACGUUUAUUUUGAAUGUUUUUUGUUUUUGUGUUCAAGGUACUUGAACUCAUUGACUUCACUGACUUGUAUUGCUUUAAUAUUCUAUUCUUGCAUUUGUUUCAAGAAUAAUAUUAUUUCAGAAUAUUCACUGUUCAUUCAUGCGUCCUCAAAUGCCAUUGAGUGAAUUUUCUAUGUGCACAGAUAUUUUUGGACUUCUUUUCAUUCACAUACGUUAGUCUUAAAAGCUGGUAAAAUGUUUGUAUUUCAUUUGCAUUUCAGGAUCUGUAACAAACCAAAUAAACAUUAUUUUGUAGA